CUUGUUUUGCUGAUGAUAUGCGGUGGGAGGAGAGACAAGGAGGACGAAAGGAGGGAGAGGAGAGAGAGGAGGAGAAGAACGGGGGGAAGGAGGGGGACACGCGUUCGUUCCCAGUGUGGCGCUGAUUUCAUGCAGAGGCUGAAGAAAGGGAACAUCAGCGGUGGCGAGCUCGUCUUCUUCCUCCUCCUCUGAAUCGGAUUUUCACCCACUGUCUGCUGGAAAAAUGUGCAACCAGUGCUGUAUAUCACAGCUGGCCUGCUGCUGUGGAACAGCAGCCUGCUCGUGCUGCUGUAACUUCUGCCCGAAGAUCAAGCAGUCCACAGGGACCCGGGUGAUGUAUGCCCUCUACUUCCUGUUGGUCACCAUCAUCUGUGUCAUCAUGAUGUCCCCCACUGUGGAGCAGGUGUUUAAAGACCAUAUUCCCUUCUACGGAGAGUUGUGUGAGCAGAUAAAAGCAGGAGAAAACUGCAAAACUCUGGUUGGUUACUCUGCCGUCUACAAGAUGUGCUUCGGCAUGGCCUGCUUCUUCUUCUUCUUUGCUCUCUUCACUUUACGAAUCAACAACAGUACCGGCUGGAGGGCGGCCAUACAUAAUGGGUUCUGGUUACUGAAGUUCAUUGUGCUGGUGGGUUGCUGUGCCGGAGGAUUCUUUCUUCCAGAAGAGAAAACCUUUCUGGAAGUGUGGCGCAUAGUUGGAGCCUUUGGUGGGUCCAUUUUCCUGCUUAUCCAGCUCAAGCUUCUGGUGGAGUUUGCACACAGAUGGAACACAAACUGGAGUUCAGGAGUGAAAUAUAACCGGAUGUGGUAUGCCGCUCUGGCCCUGGUCACUCUGGUGUUGUUUACCAUCUCAGUUGGAGCCAUGGUCUUUAUGGCUGUCUACUACACCCACCCAACAGCCUGUUUAUUAAACAAAUUCUUCCUGGGCAUCAAUUCCACCCUCUGCUUCUUCGUCUCCCUGCUGGCUAUUUCUCCAUUCAUACAAAAGUUACAGCCCACAUCAGGCCUGUUGCAGCCGGGUGUCAUCAGUGUCUACGUCAUGUACCUGACGUUCUCAGCCUUUUCAAGUAAACCGAAGGAAUUUUUAGAAGUCAAUGGUGUGAACACCACUGUGUGUGUGUUUCCCUUUGAGCCUGGUUCUGAGAGCGACAGAAAGAUUGUCACUGCUAUGGGAGCAGUGAUCCUCUUUGGAUGUGUCCUGUACUCAUGCCUGACAUCCACCACCAGACGAAGCUCUGCAGCUCUCAGAGUAGUCCGCAACAGUGAGCCAGAGACUGAGAGAGCUCGUUGCUGUUUCUGUUUUGGAGACGACACAGAUGAUGGCGAUGAAGAAACCACCGGAACAGGCCAGAACGUCGUGUACGACGAGAGAGAAGCCACAGUAUACGGCUAUUCCUACUUCCACUUCGUCUUCUUCCUGGGAUCUCUUUAUGUCAUGAUGACUGUCACCAACUGGUUUCAUUACAGUGACCAUAAGAUUGAGAAGCUGCUGGAUGGAAGCUGGUCGGUGUUCUGGAUCAAGAUGGUCUCCUGUUGGGUCUGUCUCAUCUUCUACCUUGCCACCCUUGUAGCUCCAAUGAUGUGUCCAAAACGUUUUGAAGCCUAAGCUGCACGUCGGUAUUGGCUGCUCAAAUACUUGUGAGAUGUCUAGGCAGUAGCUGUCAGGCUGAGCCACGGGACCACUACUAUGAUUCCACCGAAACUCAAUCCUGAACACGAAGGAUUUCUGUUGCCUUUGGGCUUUUUUAUAUGCUAGUGUUUUAUUUUGCUUUUGUUUUUACUCGAUGCUAUUGAUGAUAUCAAGCUGUUAAUACCUUGACGGUAAUUUCUUUUUAUUCUUAACUAAAAGUGAAUUUUAGAGUUUUAUACGACCCACCAUUUUGAAAUUACAGGUAAUUUUUUGAUCCCCCCCUCUCCCCCCAAUCAUUUUACGUAUUGUUUACGCAGUGUGUGUUGUUUUUCUUAAAAAUUUGUAUAUAUAUUCGUGUUAAUUGGUGGGAUGGUUGUUUCACUUUGCCGUUAAAAUUCCCACAUAAGAGAUCUGAUGUGGAUUAGAUGAGAUUAGGGCCCAGCUCUGUUUGAAAGUUGAUUUCUCAGGCUCACAUUUAAGCUGUUUAGUACACAUUGGUGUUGUGUUACAUCACUCGCUUUUGUAGAAUUUUUCUAUGCAACAAAACAGGCUUUUUUUCCCCAAUAAUAGUACCACGUGAUGUGAAGUUAUUAAUCUUCUUAGAUGAACAAGUUUUACAGAUUUGUGGUCCAUGAGAUGAGUCUUUUUUUAUGAAAAACACAUUAUAUGUACAACGUCUCCAAGAGCUGCAGUGACUCAGACCAGAAGCAUUAGCCAAUGGUAGAUGUCAGAAAUCAUCCAACAUGUCAGUCACAUGAUUCCGUCUCUUAGACAGACACAUGUACAGUAUCUGUUACAUAUGUUCAUGCACGUUCACACACCAUGCACUCAUGACACAACUUUGCCUUUUUUCUUGUUUUUUUUCAUUGCUUUUACAGUGCGUAUGUAGUGGAGGUUGAAAUCAUUGGUGUGAUGUUCAACACUGGAUGUUGACCAAUCUAAAAUCCACAAGACAUUUCACAGUUUACCAACUAAUUUUUGUACUGUAAAAACAUAUAUAUAUAUUAAUAUAUGUAUAUAUAUAUAUAUAGUCCAUUCACAUCUCACACCAUAUGAAUCAACCAGUCAGUUCUACGUGUUCUCACUGUAAUUUUUGUUUUUAUAAUAACCUGUACAAUUGGCUUCUAGUUCUAUUAUCUGUGGUAAAUUUUCAACCUAAUUUACUCAACUGUCAACUGCCAUUUUCCUUCAGUAUUUCAAUGUUUAAUUGUGGAUAUUAAUGUAAAGAAUGAAGUAAUGCUUACUGCAGCUUUGUUACCAAAACAAUACAGAAGUCAAACAGCAGAACACUCAGUUCAAUAAACCAUCAGCUGAACACAGUGUGGUUUUAAAAAGCUUUAUUUAACAUAAAUGACGGGAACCCGGAAAAGGUUUUUGCUGACAAGUUAAUUCUGUUUGGUAGGUAAACAAACACACUUGUUUAAAUAGUGGUAAAGUAUGGCUGAAAAAGGCUUCAGCUGGGGUGCUUUUUUCUUGAGCUCUAUGGAUUAAAAAAAAAACAAAAAACUGAA